CCUUAAAUGACAUGUCUGCUUUUGUCAACGACAACCAAGCGAGUCAGACAGUCGUUUGGGUUUGCCUGUGGUGCUAACCAGCCAGCAACAACCAACCGCCUGAAUGUAGAUCCGCAUGGGCUACUACUACUCUUUCUCUCCAAAUAACCCAGCGGAAUCAUAAGAUAAGGAUCCCAGGAUGGUCUUAGUGCAUGUCGGAUAUCUGGUUCUUCCUGUAUUCGGCUCAGUAAGAAACAGAGUAUGGAGGCUGGCUCUACAUUCUGCAUUUAUCAGAUCUUUGUCGUCCCCCCCAUUGUGUAGCUAAUGAUCAUCUGCUGCUGUGUGGUGUGGCGUGGCCUCUGCCUGUUCUCUGCAUUUAGCUGUAUUGUGAAUCCCUUCUUCAUUUCCUCUUUCCAUCAGAAGACGACAUUGGUAUUAAAAAGCACCCCCUCCCAAGAUGUAUUCAGCCAUAGACUUUCCAUGUUAAGCAGACUAAAACAAUAGCUAACACCUAGACCAGAGCACCUUUUUGUCUUUUUUUCUGUCAAAUUGCUGUAGCACUGAGUAAAACAUUUUAGCUCCUUUUUAGAUAUCAGUUGAAUGUCAUUGUGUACCUCCCAUCCAGUCUUGAUAGACAACAUGCUGUAAAUUCCUGUAAAGUGGAUACAUUUUGCAUGAUCUUAAAUACUGCACUGCAUCGUUGAACACCAGAAUUUGGCUCAUCUUCCUUCUCUUCACACAAGGUGCAAUGUACAUGAUUAAAGUGACCUGUAAAUUUUAAGAAAACAAGCAUGCAAAUUGGAACCAUAUGCAUGCCGUUUGUAUUGUCGAAACUCAGCAUUUCAGCAAAUGCUGUCAUGUGAUCACUUGAAAUGACCGAAGGUACACUGCACCUGCACACAACAACCUGCCAUAACUGUCUCCAUUUUUGUGUAAUCCUUUUGUUCCCUUUGCAAAUUUCAAGCUUCGAAUCACACUGAAUUGUCAGGGCUGUUUGCCCCUUACGGGCAAAUAAAACUAAACAUUUUUCGUAAGCAAAAACAUGCUCACUGGUGGUUCAUCACUUCCCAAUUUUCCCCACUAACAUGAGGCCAAAAUGCUAUCCAUUUCACAGGGAUGCCUAUUUUCCUGCACUGCUAAAGAGAUCCUCUAUUAGUAAUAACGUCUUUAUUGUUUGGUUGUGGUCUCUCUUUACCUUUUGUUCUGGUAAUAGUACUUUCAAUGCAUGGUCACAUUUAUGAUUCAUAAUUUUUGGUUUUUGUUUUUCUACAUUGACUAGUGAAAAUCCAAUGUAAUCUUUCUGUAGUAAAGAUGUACCCUGCUGUACUGAAAUCAUGUGCUGUAGCCAACACGUCUGCUCAUUGGAUGCCGCUUUUGUUCUUUUUAACCCUAUAUGGAGCAUGGUGGGCCUUGCCUUCAGUCUAUGUUGUUUAUUUUUGUUGCAUGGAUUUAUACUAUUAUUACAAACAAACAAGAAAAAAAACACAAAUUCCACAUAUACUAAUAUUUUUCAAUAAAGAAUAUAGUGUUUUUCCUAACCUUCAGUGUGCUUCUUGCUGAUUUCCAUUUAUUGUCCUCCCUCUCCCUUGUCCCUACCUGCCCCCUCCACCCCCCCUCCCCACCCACCUCCUCUCCCGCUGUGACAAAGAUAGACAAUUUCCACGCUUCCUCCAUCACAGGGCCUGAAUGAGUCUAUCUGCUGUCAUUCAUGGUGAUCGUUUUCACUGAGGCGCUUGAAAACGCAGUGUGCUUACUUACAGUCUAGACUUGAGCCUUUGACCCACGGCAGCAAGGUCACCUCUUGUCUGCCCGGCAACACUGACGACCUGAAAAUACCGCUGGAAGGUCAUGCUGCCCAUCUUUGCAGGAAGUAUUUUUCACCCUAGGAUCCCAUUUCAACCGGCAACAGCAGCAACAGCAGCAGCACAGCCAUGCUACCUCUUGCCGGCACUUCCAGUUAGGUCCUCAGGCCCCGCUGCCCAUGGACUUCCCCAUGCCCCACCCAGGGCAGCCACAGUCAGGCAUUAACCCCCACCUGGCCCCUCCCGGCCACCAGCAUGGCCCUCCGCUCCACCCGCCUCUCAACCCCCUGCCCGCUCCCCAGUUCCAGGACAUCCCUGCCCCUCCCUUCCUACCUCAGGCAUUACACCAGCAAUACCUCCUCCAGCAGCAGAUCCUCGAGGCCCAGCACCGACACAUCCUGCCACCCUCCAGUAGACGCACCCCAGAGAGAGUUCCUCACCAGCCCCACAGACUGCGGCCCGGCUAUGAGUUUGCUCCCCCGCUUCAUGUCCCUCCUCAGCCUGUGGUGCAGCAGCCCCGCUACCUGGCUGAGGGCACAGACUGGGAUCUAAGUGUAGAUGCUGGGCUGCCCCCCCACCAGUAUCACAUCCAUCCGCUGCCGCAGCACUAUCAGCACUACUUGACCUCUCCUAGGAUGCACCACUUCCCUAGAAACAAUGCCUCAACACAAGUGGUUGUCCAUGAGAUCAGAAACUACCCAUAUCCCCAGCUGCACUUGCUGGCUCUGCAGAGUCUCAACCCCUCCCGCCACGCGUCUGCUGUUAGAGAGAGCUACGAGGAGCUUCUGCAGCUGGAGGACAGGCUGGGCAGUGUAAACCGAGGAGCAGUCCAAACCACCAUAGAAAGAUUCACGUUCCCCCAUAAGUACAAAAAGAGAAUACCCCAGGACCUGAAGAUGUGUCUGGAUGAUGAGGAGCUGGACACCGAUGAGAAGUGCACCAUCUGUCUGUCAAUGCUGGAGGAUGGAGAGGAUGUCAGGAGAUUACCCUGCAUGCACCUCUUCCACCAGGCGUGUGUGGACCAGUGGCUGGCCACCAGCAGGAAGUGCCCCAUCUGCAGAGUGGACAUUGAGACCCAACUGACCCCCGACAGUUGAUAGCUCCUGUCGACUCCUGCAGCUUUGGAUCUGGUCUUGUUAAUUCUCCAUUGCCUCCCCGUCCAGGGGGGAAGCUCUGCCAAACACCCCUCUCUUGCCCUCUGCAUCACUCAACGAGCCUGCCUUCUGAGACAGCCGUGACAGAGGGAUCAACAAAGCACACUCACCUACAACACAGCGAGGGAUGGGGGCUGAUGCAUAGAUAUGUGGCUGGACUGAAGGUUGCUUUGAAUGGACUUGCUGGAUGUGACAGGUAGGAGCGGACACGUAUGGACAGAUGUGCUGAGGCUUCACACACAGAUUCUGUCAGAUUGUGUACCCUGUGUACAUUUCUCCAUACCGCCAUCAAAGAGAGGACACUCUGACUACCAACCUCCCCAGCUCAGUGUGGCGUAUUAAGGCCAUUUCUCUGCCACUACAUCUAAACCCUUUCCCCCCCUCCCCAGGCCUGUGAAAAAAUCCUUUAAGCUGCACUCUGCCCAAGCCCUCAGCACAUCUGUACAGAACAUUAUCAAAUGAUUAGCAUGAGGUUGUUUGGUGUGAACUCUCGUAGCUGAACGCUUGUGGUGUAAUGGAGUAUAGUACUGAAUAAGUAUUUACAGAGUAACAGUGUUGUGUAGCAAGCAAAGCCUUUUGAGAAAUAUGUUUGUGAAAAAUAAACCUACAGAGAGGGUGAAUACAGCUCAAAUAAGGGAGAAUAUUCAGCGUGUUAAUUAAUCAUAAGACGAUGAGGAAAGAGCUAGUUGUGUAAAAAAAAAGGCCAAAAAUCCCUCUUUCUUGUCUAACAUGGUUUUGGAUUUACAGUUAGUAGAUGCCAUCAGAGUUGAUGCUAAACCCGCUAACUGCAGGCAUGGCUUCCAGUGAUCUGUGUAGUGUCGUAGUGGGGCCUCUAUUAUCUAGAGCAGAGGCCUCAGAUGUGCAUGCUGUAUGGCAGGCUUGGGCUGUGUCGUUAAUAUUGUGGAGCAGUAGAAACAGGGACUGUGUCUGUGCAUGUGAACCGUAUACUAUGACUCUGACGAUGCCACUCAUUCAUAGAGGAGGACAAGAAUGCACCUAAUACCCCUUUCCCCACCUCCCCACCCCCCCUCACUCCAUCCUGAGUAGACCAAAGUUGCCCUUAGACACCGAUCUCAGACCCAUGUAGCAUUUCUCUCCUGACGUCAGGAUUCAAAGAGCUGCUAGCAGAUCCGUGUCUAACUGCAACUCCUCUCUGUUGCCUCGCUCAUGGCAUGAUCACAUGACAUGAGAGGCCGGCAUGGGCUUGAGGAUGCAGUGCCUGAGGUCUUGCCAUCAGAGUGACUAAAAUCUGACAUUUGUAUUACCUAUUACCAGAACCUUAUUGCCUAUCAAACAAGCACAUGUGAUUUCUAUAUACAGUGAAUCGCCUCUGUUGUGUAUCGGCUCCUUUUCAUUUCAAUCUAAGUUGCUCCCACUGUUUGAUUAAAAAGACUGUGUAUCUGGUGUUACAGGGAAAAUACAAACUAGUUUGCCUGUGAUAACGUGCUAGAAUGUGUAUGAUUGUCCCCCACCCCCCUCUCCCCCCAUGGUAGUAGUGUAUGGUAUUGCUAGAACAACUGUGAUACGUUCAGUGAUAGAAGCCGUUUUCUCUAUAUCAUGCAUGAACCAUGUCGGCGUAGUUCACUUGAAGGAGGGUGAAAGGGAGAAAAAGCCAUCCAUUUGAAAAAUACCAAACAAUUGUUCUUAAUUUUAUUUUCAAUUGUCUUUUUCUGCCAUUUUCUUUUUCUUCUUACUUGUAUUUCUUUUUUUCUUUUUUUCUUUUUUUUGCGCUCACAUGCCAAUCUGGACAUGGUACUAAUAUGCCGAGUCCUUGUCCAUUUAACCAUAGUGAAGAAAAAGCUGCAAUGCUGCAAAAACAUAUUUAUUGUUGUUAUAAUGUAGCUUGUGUUUUGUAAAUGCACUAUAAUAUGGAGUUGCCUGAUUUUUUGGUUUGGUGGUGUGGGUUCUUCUUGUCCUAGAUUUUGUGUUUCUAUUCAGUUACAAGUAUUUUCAUGCUUCCUUGUGUAUUAUUGGAGGGUAACUUGACUGUUUGUGUUGCGUUUUUAUUUUUAUUUUUUGUAUGAAACCUCCAUCCAAAAAACUACAGAUGGAUGAAAAUGGAGGUUUUGCUAGUUCACAUAGAAUGCUGUGAUUAAAGAUGCCUUAAGUAUUUAACAAUCAUUAUUUAUUACUAACUGUAGCUAGCUAGCUAUCGUGGUGGAAUAUUUAAUGUCUCUAUCUCAUAACUUUGCAAUUUAAUCAAUAUAUUUAUUUAAAAUAACACAAAAUAUUAAAAAAAGAAUACCUCAUUAUGCAUUGGUCGGUGGGGAUGCUUUUGCAUGCCGUCUGUGUUUUCUUUUUCAAAGGAGAAAAAAAGAAACCUGUUGAAAAAUUGACUUGGGGGGACGUUUUCCCAACACAUUUUCUAGCCAGCAUGGUGCUGUUGAUCUGGAUUACAUUCCAUUCAUAUCACUGCUUGAUUUUACUUUUAAAUCUUUUUCGUUUUUUAAACAUCACCCCUGCUUUGAUCCGAAGCAGGUGACGGGGUACAGCCCCCUUUAUUUUGUCUUAGUAUGGCUCCACAAUUAGCUUGCUUUUGUUAUACAAUACUGCUUUGUUUCCCAUAAUCAGUCAUAUUCGAUUUAAUUUCUUGUAUUUGUUUUAUUUUGACCAUGCUCAUGAUAUUCCAUCAUAUCUGGAUCUCAAUUUAGUGCUUAUUAUUAUUUCAGGACCCACAUAAUGAGCUGUAUUAUUUGUCCUUAUGUAUUGCUGGCAAUUGCUUUGUGUGGGAUUUUGGGAAGUAUCUAACAUGCUAACUUGAGCCAUUGGUCUUAUUGAGCAAAUUUCUGGUGUACUGUGGUUAUACAAUAUAGAUAGCGUGUUUUACACCUGGGUAUAAUAAGCUAACUACGUUUUCGGUGUGCAUUUCUUAUUAAUACUCUACUAAUCCUGCAAAUUAUUACUAUAACAUGUAUUGGAUUGGAAUGAAGCUGGCUGGUCUUACUAUUAUUAUUUCAUUUCGUGCUCUCACUGGCCUUACCCCAUGUCCUCCACAGUGUACCCCAUAACUCCAGAGCGAACUGGACAGUAGCCAUAGUAUUAACUCAAGCUGAUGAACCGGAAUGAACAGUAGAACUUAAAGCACAAGCUUUUUAAUGCAUGUCCUUCUCAGGUUUUCCUAUGUGUAUGUGGGAGUAGCUCUGUAGAUGUGUUUAAUAUGAUGCUGUACCUUCUUGAAUAUUUCAGAUGUUUCUUUGCUGCUGAAAAAAUGUUGAUUAUUAACCUGCCAGUGAAAAAGGGAAGUGGCCAUCUUUGUACAACACACUGCUGUUUUGCUGUAACCGCGCAAUGUUUUAUGAUCUUGAGUAUUUUAUAGAAAAGUAGAAGUAUGUAUCAAUAAUAUGAAAGCAAUAGCUAAAUCAUAAUGAAGAAUAACAUGAUCAGUGAAUAUUGUGGAAAAUCUUUAGAUUCACUCUGGGUGGAUUUUGUACUGUAUUUAUUACUAAUGAUGAUGCAAAAAGUUGCAUAGCUUAACCCAAACUGUUCUGUCUCUUUUUUAUUUAUUGUCUUGUAUAUGAUCUUUUUGUAUGUGUUUUUCAAAUAAACUGCCUAAAAUGCUG